AUGGUGGUGCCAAUGACAUUUGCCGACAUGUUUAGAUUCAACGCGCAAGUCAUGGGCUUCGGGGCUGGCGGCUGGAUGGAGCAGAUUUUAAACUCCUUUGGCGACAUUGUCACGAAUGCCUCGGACUCCCUGCGACUGCACGAGGAGUGCGAUUUGUUGUCCCUUCGGUUGGACAAGGUGUCCAAGGGGCAGGCCCCAAACCUUUCGCAAUUCAAGUCCUGCAUGCUGGCCUCGUUGCGAUCCCUUCUUCCCAAGGAAUGGGACACCCAGUACGAGGUCGCUUGGAAUUGGCUUUGGGAUAAUGUGGCGCAGCUUCUGGUGAAGACUUUGGGAGCUUCUUAUGCAUGGGAGGUUGCAGUGAACAGGUUUUUUGCUUCUUUGGUCGAAGAUACUCGCUACCAACUACGCGCGUCCAUCUAUGACCGAUUCUUUGACUCGACUCCCGCGGGCCAAGAGUACUUCAAACAGUCUGACACACGCUUGCAUUUCAUUGUGGAGAAGGUAUUCACUUUUUCCAUGGAAAUCUACGCUGAGCCAUGGCAGAUGAUUGAUGAUUUAUCAGCGCUUGGACUUCGACAUGUGGGCUAUGGAGUGCCAACAGAAAUGUUUGCGCCAUUCGUCUGUGCAUGUGUGGAUGUUAUACGCGGGGCAACGGAUGACGCGGUCGCCGUGCUUGGCUUCAAAUGGUCCUUGGGCAUUGUUUCCAAGCAACUCGUCAGGACUGUGGCAGAAGGCUCAACCAUCGUGAUGAAGGCCGUGAACGCCAACUCCAAAAAGAUGUUGCAGCGAGCGAUUAGUUGUGCUCCCCGUGGGCAGCGUUUCCAGUGGCUUCUGAAGGUGCAGGUGGGUACGCAGUCAAUAUCUCCACUGUAUUGGGCCAUUCAAAGUGGCAACCUUGCUGCAGCAGAGGCCAUCAUACAAGAUUUGCUGGUCUUCCGGGCCGACCGUGAGAGAUACUACUACGGCAAUGAUGCCCUUUUCGAGCGUCACCAGGACAUCAUCAACUGCUUGUGCCGCGAGGCUCCUAUGCUCAUACCGACCCUUCUGGAUGGAUUGAUGUGGCGAUCUGCCCGAACAGAAAAGGGCCUGCGUAGAGUGAACUAUUAUGUCAAGCAUCUCCUUGUCAACCAGGAGGGGGAGCCAGCAGAGUUCUUGCGUGAGAUUUGUACCACGAAAGAUCCGAAGAUCAUGGUUCAUCCAGUUGUGGUGACAGUGUCUGACACAUUGUGGAAUGGUUUGGUGCGAAAUCAUUUUCUACUGUCACGGCUCUGGUUCUUGGUGAGUCUGGUCGUUUUUAUGCUGAGCCAAGCAAUUCUGCCGAAAGAGCCAGCUUUGGAGGGCAUAUUUAGCGUGCGAGUGGCCGUAUUUUUUGGGCGCAGCCUCAUGUAUGCGGUAACAAUGACCAGACUAUUUUUGAGAUGCAUGUGGAAGAGUGGCAAGGACUGUCGCAAAGGCAAAGUCUUUUACAUUUUCAGAUGCUUUCCGAUGCCGAAGUACUUGCACAAUGCCAUGGCACUUGGUAAUUUGGCUCUUGCAGUUUUGCUUAUGCUGAUGUGCGCCUACGAGCCGAUGUACGUGUGCUUGAUGUCUGAUCCACAAGACUGGCCGACAUAUGAUUGUGAUGGUAUUGAGGAUGUUCGAUGGACGUAUUCAGCUCUAGGGCUGCUUGCUAUGGCAGUGCAUUGGUUCUUGAUGGUUGAUCUUGCCGUCUUCUCAACCGGGCUAUCGGCCUUCGUUCUGGUUUGUGCGCAAGUUCUGAGUGAGAUUGGCCGCUUCCUCGUUGCACUGAUUUUCCUCCUCCUCACGUUUGGAAGUGCGAUCAGUGUGUUGGAGCAUCCAUACUUUGAAAUGCGUGACAUCCCGAAUACGGUGCUGUGUUUAUUUUCGAUCACCAUUUUGCUUUAUGAAGAUGACUACCGAACCUUGAUGGAGGAGCCAGCCUUGCUUACCGCAGUUCUGCUUUUUGUUUUGGCAUCCUCUAUUUUAUUGAUGAACUUGCUAAUUGCCCAGCUCAACAGCAGCUAUGUGUACAUCUACCAGGACAUGGUGGGUUUUGCUCGGUUAAACCGAGCUCAGAAAAUUGUGGAGGCCUUGGCGAACUUCAAUCGCCAGCAUUUUUCGACUUUCAUAAACAGCAUUGGUUUGGAUCAGCCUUUGGAGUUCAACCAGGGCGAUGUUGGAGUGGCGGGCGGCUUGCAGCUUACUGAGCCAGCAAGCGAACACGUUGUCCUGAAGGACUCCAUCCUGCGCUUUGGUGGUUCCUGCUCCAUGGAGCUCGAGUGGCCCGAAGAAUCCAAGAGUCGUGAAGACAAGGACCAAAUAUCAAAAGUGGAAUCUUUGGCAAAGAAGGUCUUGCGCAAAGUGCAAUUGAUGGAGCGUGUCCAGCACGGAGGUUUGGAGCAAAUGCUGCACGUAACACGGCCUCACCUCUUUAACGGCUCAUGGAUGCGAGAUGUUGCAACUCAUCAGCAGCUCCUCGGCCAGGCCUUGAAGUAUGUCCCUGGUCCAGAGGUGUGCCUCCGAAUCUUCAACUUGCUGCAUCCUCCCAAAACCUUUCCCAGCACGCAAGGUGACGAGUGUGCCAUUAUGUCCUAUUACGAUGGUGGGCAUAAGCAAGCUUGGUCAGGAGCGGAAGAGUUUCACCUUGGACCAGAGGAUGAGGGUAUUGCCUACGGACGUCGGGUGGAGCUUUUGAAGGCGAUACGAGAGCAGCGUCAACAGCUGGACAUGAAGGAUGAGCAACUGGAGGAGCACAAGCGCAAGUUGGAGCACUUCCAAGAAGAGUUGGCCAGAUGUUUAGACCCAGACGAGGCCAAAAUCCUACGUAGCCGCCUCGCUCAUGCCAACGCACAAAUCACUGAACAAGCCGAAGAGAUUGAUGAUAAACGUUCGCAGGUUCGGGUGCUUGAAGGUCAGGUGUCAGUCUUAAGCUCUCACCUGAAGCAAGAGGCAGAGAAGAACACUCAGCUGAUUGCCGAGCAGUGUGCACUUCGGCGACAGCUGGAGGCAGAGUACGCGCUUCGAGGCGAACAGAAAUCCUGGCAGGAUUGCUUCGAGCAAGAGCAACAAAAGGCAGCAACCCUUCAGCUGCGGCUGGAGGCGCAAGUGAAGGAGGCAGCACAGAAGCAAUUGGCCGCUGAGACUGCCAAGCAGAAACUACAGGGGCAGGUGCAGGAGCUUCAGGAACUGGCCAAGAUUGGCCAGGAGGCCAUGGACUUUAAAGCGAAGGCUGAGAAACUGGCGGCUGAACUUCAAGUUGCCCAUACCAUGCAAAGUCGUCUUCAGGGUGAGCUUGAUGCAGUGAAGCAGCAAAGUGGCAGCCUACAAGCGGCGUUGGAUGAGGCGAAUCGCCAAUCUGCGAAGUUGAGUGUUGCGGAGCACAAGGCUGCAACUGCCGAACAGCAGGUUCAGCAGCUGGGAUCAAGACUGCAAAUUGCUGAGAAGAAGGCUGCAGAGGUGCCAGUGCUCGAGAGGCAACUGCAGGAGAAACAACAAGAGAUGGAGAGUCAGGCCAGGGGCUACGGCUACUGUAGAUCGAAAGACUCAACUACAUACAUACAUGUGGCACAACGUGGCGGGUUUCUUGGUAUUGCAGUUUGGAGGACCAGAAAUGGCGCAAGCUAUACUCCAGCUAUCCGCUUGUGGGCCAGCUCUUGCCGCUAG